AUGGGCGGUGGGUGCCGGGCCCGGGCCCCGCCGGGCGUGGGGCUGCGCCGGGCCGGGCUGCGGCUGCUGCUCGCCCACGCCGUGCUGCUCUGCGCCGCCGGCAGCGCCGCGACCGACGGCUCCGCGAAUCCCUGUUGCUAUUUCCCCUGCCAGCACCAAGGGGUGUGCGUGAGGGUCGGCCUGGGAGGAUACGAGUGCGACUGCACGCGGACGGGAUACUUUGGGGCCAACUGCACCUCCCCUGAGCUCUGGACGCGCCUCCACGACCUGCUGAAGCCCAGUCCUGCCUUCUACCACUUCAUCCUGACCCACUUCAGGUGGUUUUGGGACAUUAUCAACAGCACCUUCAUCAGGGACACGCUCAUGAGGCUCGUGCUCACAGUUCGUGCCAAUCUCAUCCCCAGCCCCCCCACCUUCAACUCUGACUACGGCUACAUCAGCUGGGAGGCCUACGCCAACGUCAGCUAUUACACCCGCGUCCUCCCGCCCGUGCCGGACAACUGCCCGACACCCAUGGGGACCAAAGGGAAGCAGCAGCUCCCCGAUCCCCAGCUCCUGGCGGAGAGGUUCCUGCUGCGGCAGAAGUUCGAAGGCGAUCCCCGAGGCACCAACCUGAUGUUUGCCUUCUUCGCCCAGCAUUUCACCCACCAGUUCUUCAAGACAUCCGGGAAGAUGGGACGUGGCUUCACCAAGGCGCUGGGGCACGGGGUGGAUCUCGGGCACUUGUACGGGGACAACCUGCAGCGGCAGCACCAGCUGCGACUCUUCAGAGACGGGAAGCUGAAAUUCCAGGUGGUGGAUGGAGAGGUGUACCCCCCCAUGGUCACCGAUGCUCCAGUUCACAUGGUCUACCCGUCUGCCAUCCCCAAGGAGAAGCAGCUGGCGAUGGGGCAGGAGGUGUUUGGGCUGCUGCCGGGGCUCUGCAUGUAUGCCACGCUCUGGCUACGCGAGCACAACCGCGUCUGCGACAUACUGAAACGGGAGCAUCCCACCUGGAGCGAUGAGCAGCUCUUCCAGACGGCUCGUCUCAUCCUCAUCGGGGAGACCAUUAAGAUCGUCAUUGAAGACUAUGUCCAGCACCUCAGCGGGUACUACCUGAGCCUCAAGUUCGACCCCGAGCUGCUGUUUGGGACGCAGUUCCAGUACCGGAAUCGCAUCGCAGUGGAGUUCAAUCAGCUCUAUCACUGGCACGGGCUGAUGCCCGACUCCUUCAUCAUCCAGGGGGAAGAGUACAGCUACGAGCAGUUCCUCUACAACACCUCCAUGCUCAUGGACUACGGCGUGGAGGCGCUGGUGGAGUCCUUUUCCAAGCAGAUUGCAGGAAGGAUCGGUGGGGGACAAACCAUCAAUGCCAAUGUCUUGCAAGUGGCCGUUGGGGUCAUUGAGGAAUCCCGGCAGCUGAGGCUACAGCCGUUUAAUGAGUAUCGGAAGAGGUUUGGCAUGAAGCCCUACAAGUCCUUUCAGGAGCUAACAGGAGAGGAAGAGAAGGCGGCAGAGCUGGAAGAGCUGUAUGGAGACAUUGAUGCUCUGGAGUUUUAUCUGGGCUUGCUGCUUGAGAAACCCCAACCCAAUGGUAUUUUUGGGGAAAGCAUGGUGGAGAUCGGAGCUCCGUUUUCGCUGAAGGGCCUUCUUGGAAACCCCAUCUGCUCCCCAGACUACUGGAAACCCAGUACAUUUGGCGGAGCAACUGGCUUUGACAUAGUUAAGACAGCGUCACUCGAGAAGCUCGUGUGCCUCAACGUGAAGAAGUGCCCAUACGUGGCGUUUCAUGUGCCGGAUGCUGCGGAAAAUGGCAGCCCUCGGGGUGGUGGAUCAUCUACUGAGCUCUAGCACCAGGACAGCCUGCCCAGGGAGCGGCGGGGACGCAGGGACCUGCCCAUCCCUGUGCCAAGCAGGAGCAGGACAGAAGAUGGUCCCAUCCUGGGCCUCCUCCAUGCCAGCCCUCGAGGAGAGGCUGGUACCAGCUCUGUGAAAAGCUCGAGUGCCUCAGGAGUGUGGCUGCCACCGCUGUCCUCAGCAGACCCAAUUCUCUUGCUAGUGAAUACCCUGCACUAAGCCAGCUUUGGGGUUCCCCAGGGAACGCCCGGCUCCCUGGAACACUCCGGACUCCCCUGUGCUUUGUCACCCUCUGCCUCCACUGCUUUCCAGCACCAGGCCACCAGCAACCCCUCUUCUGCAGGGCUUCCCUGCUUGGGACAGAGGAGCGCAGAGCCCGGAGAGCCCUCGCAGUCCUUCCUCCUCUGCUGCAGCCGGUUAAGGCGCUGAGCUGCCCAAGGGAGGCGGAGGAGGCAGGUGGCAGCGGGACGGGGAGGACGUGGUGGUACCACGUUGGUGGUCAUGCUGGCCCAGCAGUGGUGGAGCUUGCAGUAGGAACCUGCCCUGAUCUGCUUCUCCUGCAGCCGCUCCGGACCAUCCACCCCAGCCUGCCCAGCACACAGGCAUAGCUGAGACACAGCCAAGAAGAAGGAACGAAAGCAAUGUCUCUGUGGGAGGAGACCAAGGGAGAAGCAUCAGAUCAGACCUUCCAGACGUCCUGCGUCUCCCACCUGCUGGCUAGGACCCCGGCACGCACCGCCGGCCGCCCAGGCUGGGCUGCUCGGAGUGAAAUGCUACCUCUGUGCAAACACAGUGAUGAAGUCUCUUCUGUCCUACGAUCAUUACACUUCCCUGUAUU